AUGACCGCUGACUGUCGGAGACACUGCAACUUUCAGAGUGGCAAGUCGGUUCCGCGUCUGGCCACUGUGGCCCGUGAAGUUGGGGAGAGCAGCGUCUCCGUCAUGAUUGACCAUCCCGAUCAACUAGUCUACCUGAGCCAGUUUCGUGAGAUAGCGGGCUUCGCAGCUGGCGUCUUUCUGAAAGUCGACACGGGGUAUCAUCGAGCCGGGGUCCCGCCCGCCAUGUUGAACAAGAAUGGACUUCUGGAAAAGAUUGCCGAAGAAGAGAAGGCCGGGCGGGUGAUCUUGCUGGGUGUGUACUCUCACAGCAGCCUGAGCUAUGCGGCUACGAACGCGGGAGAAGCGCUGUCGUAUCUGAAGACCGAAAUCGCCGGCUGCAAGGAGGCAUUGCAGAAGAAUUCACAUCUCUUACCGACGGACAGAGGGCUUGUCAUCAGCGUCGGUGCAACGCCGCAGGCUAUCUCAGCGCAUAACCUUCUCCAGGAGCCACUCAGUCCAGAAGCCAAAGACCUGCAGACGUUUAUGCAGAGCACCGCUCAAGACACCGGGGCGCGCGUAAAGAUCGAACUCCACGCGGGUGUUUAUAGUGUCAUGGAUAUGCAGCAAAUGGCGACCCGCGCAAAGCAUCUGGGCAACAUCGAGGAUGAAGUUGCUUUAUCCGUGGUUGCGGAGGUGUGCAGUGUAUACAACAAUGGCGAGCGGGAUAAACCCGAGGCUCUGGUUGCAGCAGGUACGCUUGCGCUUGGGAGAGAGCCGUGCCAGUCUUACCCAGGAUGGGGUAUGGUAGGCAAUUUGGAGCAGCAGCCUGGGACAUCUCGGCUUAUUGUUGAGCGCAUUAGCCAGGAGCAUGGAAUUGUCUCCUGGCAUGGUGGUGAUGGGCCGGAGAUCCCUCUCCGCGUCGGACAAUCUUUGAGAAUCUAUCCAAACCACGCCUGCAUUACUGGAGCGCUAUACGGAUGGUACUUGAUUGUCGAUUCGAGUCGGGAAGGUGAAGAAACGAAGAUUGUGGAUGUUUGGGUGAGAUGGCCUAUCACAACGACCCAAACCGCACCUCCCGCUACGGCAUCCCGACCCUCUCUCCUCCGCGCCUCAAAGCAAGUCUACAACGAAGCCACGCCCAUCUAUCUCCGGGAGAGCACCUUUUCAAUCGUGCAGGUGGAUUUUCUAGCCGCUGCAAGCCGGGAAUACCCACGAGUGUUGUACAAUCCCCGCCAGAUCCGCAAGGUAGAGGUCGUCUUCAACAGCCGCGACUACAUCUAUAUGGCUCAGUUUCUCGCUGAUGAGCUACCUGCCGUUGUCGACGUGAUGGAUCAACUGGCAACUACCGCGUCCGAGUAUACGCCUACUGCUGUCGAUGCGCUGAGAGUGGCGCAUGUUGAUUUUGAGUCGGAGGCGAACGACCCUGCACACGGACAGCACAUCGAGAAUAUGAACGAGUACUUAUGGGGCCGGACGUUGACAUUCCUCCGUCAGACGUUCAAGCUGUCCCAUCUCUACGUGGAUUUAACUCGCUGUACUUGUGUUGAUGGGUGUUGUCGGCUUGCGGAUGAAGUGCUUGGUUGGGGAUGGCUCCAGGUCUGGUUACGGGGCAUGUCCGAGGUCAUCCAGCGCCUUCAUCAGGGCUUCUCGCUAGAGAAUGUUGUUGACUCAGACCGGCUGACUGACGUGAGGACGCUGGGAGAGUACAAUGACAUGUUGCGGAAGGUUCACUUGAAAUUGACCACAUUUAUGUCGAUGGGGCAGAUACUGAAGAGGCGAUAG